CCGAGCGAGGAGAUGGUGCCGCCGAAGCCUUUAGCGCAGAGCGGGCUGCCCGGGAGAGGCGCUGAGAUCUUGGGGAGAGGGGCGCGGGCCUGUCAGUGGAGUCAUUGAAGAGCCGGAAACUUUAUGACGACGUCCGCAGCCUAAAUAUGGCAGACUUCCUGGAGCCAGAAAGGAUAAUAAACUGGAAGGAAAGAUGCAUGGUUAUGGAAUCUCAACUAAUGAAGUUUCGCCUUCAAGCCAGCAAAAUUAGAGAACUGCUUGCAGAGAAGAUGCAGCAACUUGAAAAACAAGUUAUUGAUGCAGAUCAUCAAGCAGAAAAGGCUUUUCAGCAGGUGCAGAUUAUGGAGGAGAAACUGAAAGCUGCUAAUGUCCAAACAAGUGAGUCAGAAACACGCUUAUAUAAGAGAUGCCAAGAUCUGGAGAUUCUGAUUCAAGAGAAAGAUGAUGCUAUCCAGAAUCUGGAACAACAGCUUGUAGAGCAGAAGGAAAUCAGAAUACAAGAAGCUAAAAUUAUAGAAGAAAAAGCAGCUAAGAUUAAGGAAUGGGUAACAAUCAAGCUUCAUGAGCUAGAAACAGAGAAUCAGAACCUCCGUACAAUCAAUCAAAACCAAACUGAAGAGAUUAAGCUGUUGCAGACUAAAUUACAAGAGCUUCAGGGAAAGAAGUCUGUUUCUUCAUCACAAAAACCUGGAGAAGGCCAGCGCCUGAGCAGUUUGACUUUUGGAUGCUUCUUAAACAGAGCAAGAAGUCCUCAGCAAGUUCCUAAACCUGAAGAUGCAAGCAGUUCUGCUUCAAAGCAGGUUGAUCAUAAUGAAAACCACAAAAGUCAAGAGAAUGAAAUUCAGGAAACAUCCCUUGCUGGCCAAGUACAUGGAAAUAAUAGAAGUCUGAAACCAUUGCAACAAAACCCUUGCAUUCCUGAACAAAGGAUGGCAACAAAGUCAAAAGAUACAGAUAAUAAUAUAUCAAAGAAUUCUUGCAUUACAGUAAGUGACUGGAGCUCUGAUGAAGAAGGAAGCAAAGGAAGAUCAAAAUCCAGAUGUGUAUCUACGUUUUCAAGUCACACAUCUGAAGAGGGCACAGGGUAUAGCAGAAUAGGGAGCGAAAUGUAUUUGACAGCAUCAGAUGAUAGUAGUUCCAUGUUGGAAGAAGAAAGCUUUCAAGCUCAUGGAAAUGUACAUAAACUAUAUUCCUGGCAACCAGAGUCUUCAUGGAAAAAUCAGAACCAUCUCAUUGGAAAGAGCAACUUUGAAUCAUUCAGUGAAAAAAAAAGUCAUGAUAGCUUUUCAGAUGAACUGAAUAAGAGAUUUCAAUCCCACAGGCUAGAUUAUUCAUCCUCUUCUAGUGAAGCAAAUACUCCAAGUCCAAUUUUGACCCCAUCUUUGGCUCCUAAGCAUCCAUCACUGAUGCUGUCAGCAAGCUAUCAGUCUGGCAAACAGCUUGAUUCUCCAUCUAAUCUGCCACCGCCCAAACUGAGGACUCCUAGUGCUUUUAUUCUCAAUACAGCAUUGGCCAAAAAACAUUUUAGCCAGCCUUCCUUGUGUUCAGAUAAACUGUUUGGCAAAAACAGGAAUGCUAUAAGCAUGAUACGUCCAUUUAAGCCCCAGGAAACAGAUAUUGAUCAAGUAGAUGGAGAUGAUGCAGAGGUUUUUGAGAAGAUGGAGAUUAGUUGUAAUGAGGAAUCAUUUACUUAUGAUUGCUGUGAAAUGAAAGAUACAGAAACCAUGGAUUUGAGUGAUUCAGGGAAGGUGAUUAACAAUAAACCUCCCACUCCUCCGCUACAUCGAUUCCCUUCUUGGGAAAACAGAAUUUAUGCUGUAGCCAAAUCAGGUCUGUGCUUUUCUGAGGUCUUCAAAAUGGACUCUUUCAAUAAAAGUUCCCCUUCUUCAUCUUCAUAUUCUCCAUCAGGACUUUACACAUCAUUAAUAUAUAAGAACAUGACUACACCAGUUUAUACCACUCUUAAAGGGAAAGCAACACAAAUCAGUAACAACCCAUUCCUAGAUGACUCCUCUGGAUCUGAAGAAGAGGGUUCCCAAUGCAGUUCACGGACAUCUGAAUCAGACUCUCGAAGCAGAAGUGGUCCUGGUAGCCCACGGGCUAUGAAACGAGGGGUCUCUCUGUCUUCAAUGACUUCAGAAGGUGACUAUGCCAUUCCUCCUGAUGCCUAUUCAACUGAUACAGAUUACUCAGAACCAGAACAAAAAUUGCCUAAAACAUGUUCAUCAUCUAGUGAUAAUGGAAAAAAUGAAGUGCUAGAGAAAUCUGGAUAUUUGUUAAAAAUGAGUGGUAAAGUAAAAACAUGGAAACGACGAUGGUUUGUACUCAAAGGGGGUGAAUUGCUUUACUAUAAAUCUCCGAGUGAUGUAAUAAGAAAACCCCAAGGUCAAAUUGAAUUAAGUGCAUCCAGCCAUAUUGUAAGAGGUGAUGGAAAACAAACAGUUCAGCUGACUACAGAAAAACGAACUUAUUACAUGACUGCAGAUUCCCCAAACAUCUUAGAAGAAUGGAUCAAAGUAUUACAAAAUGUGCUUAAAGUACAAGCUGCAAGCCCACUUUUUAUUCAACCAGAUGUUAAACCAGCAGUGAAAGGCUUGCUUACUAAGGUGAAACAUGGAUAUUCCAAAACAGUGUGGUGUAUAUUAGUUGGGAAAACUUUAUAUUAUUUCCGCAGCCAUGAAGACAAGUUUCCUUUGGGCCAGAUAAAACUAUUAGAAGCUAAAGUUGAAGAAGUUGAUCGAUCCUGUGAUUCAGAUGAAGAUUAUGAAGCCAGUGGUCGCAGCUUAUUAUCAACACAUUUUACCAUUGUCAUCCAUCCUAAGGAACAAGCACCCACAUAUCUUCUAAUAGGAUCCAAGUAUGAGAAGGAUACUUGGCUUUAUUAUCUCACCAUUGCUGCUGGAAGCACAAAUAUAAAUGUUGGGACAGAGUUUGAACAGCUUGUCUGCAAACUGUUAAAUAUUGAAGGAGAACCCACUUCUCAAAUCUGGAGGCAUCCCACUCUGUGUCAUAGCAAAGAUGGAAUUAUUUCUCCUCUUACAACCCUUCCAUCAGAGGCACUGCAAACAGAAGCCAUAAAAUUAUUCAAGACGUGCCAAUUGUUUAUCAAUGCUGCUGUGGAUUCCCCUGCUAUUGACUACCAUGUGUCUUUGGCCCAAAGUGCAUUGCAAGUCUGUCUCACACAUCCAGAGCUUCAGAAUGAAAUCUGUUGUCAGUUGAUAAAGCAAACAAGAAGACGACAGCCACCAAAUCAGAUAGGACCAGUUCAGGCCUGGCAGCUUUUAGCACUCUGUGUUGGACUCUUCCUCCCACAGCACCCAUUCCUUUGGUUCAUCAAACUUCAUUUGAAGAAGAAUGCAGAUUCCAGGACUGAGUUUGGAAAAUACGCAAUUUACUGUCAACGAUGUGUAGAACGAACACAGCAGAAUGGUGACAGAGAAGCCAGACCAUCAAGAAUGGAAAUUCUUUCAACACUUCUAAGAAAUCCCUACCAUCACUCCUUGCCUUUUAGCAUUCCAGUACAUUUCAUGAAUGGCAUAUACCAGGUUGUUGGAUUUGAUGCUUCUACCACUGUUGAAGAAUUUUUGAACACACUUAAUCAGGAUACAGGAAUGAGAAAACCUGCACAGUCAGGAUUUGCUCUAUUUACUGAUGAUCCUUCUGGCAAAGAUAUUGAACAUUGUCUUCAAGGGAACAUCAAGAUCUGUGAUAUUAUUUCUAGAUGGGAGCAAGCCUCUAAAGAGCAGCAUCCAGGAAAAUGUGAAGGCACAAGAACAGUUAGGCUUACUUACAAAAACAGGCUUUAUUUUUCAGUACAAAUCCGGGGAGAGACAGAAAGAGAAAAGCUACUGUUAAUGUAUCAGACAAAUGAUCAAAUUAUAAAUGGGUUCUUCCCUGUAAAUAAAGAUCUGGCACUAGAAUUGGCAGCACUUCUGGCCCAGGUGGAAAUAGGAGAUUUUGAAAGACCUUUUUCAACUCCAGCAGGUCAAGUAACUUCCCUGUCAAAAUUUAAUCAAACUUUAAAACAAGUUGUAGAGAAAUUUUACCCCAAAAGAUACAGAGAUAAUUGUUCAGAAGAACAGUUAAGACAGCUGUACCAGAGAUUAUCAACCAAAUGGAUGGCUCUUCGUGGGCAUACUGCUGUAGAUUGUGUGCGCAUUUAUCUUGCUGUGGUACGGAAGUGGCCUCUCUUUGGGGCCAAGCUGUUUGCAGCAAAACUUUUGACAGCAUCCACACCAGAGAGCAGAUUGAUUUGGCUUGCUAUUUCUGAAAAUGGUAUUAACAUUCUUGAAUACGACUGCAUGCGGUUAAUACUGACAUAUUUGUAUAAGAACCUAGUGACCUUUGGAGGGUUUCAAGAAGACUUUAUGCUGGUGGUAAACAACAUGAGUACAGAAGAGAAGCAUACUGAAAAACUCUUGUUUACUUUUGCCAAACCAAAGAUCCUUGAGAUUACUCUACUUAUUGCCAGCUAUAUUAACAAUUUUCAUCAACAAAAGAAGACAGUUCAUGAAUGUUCUGCUCCACAGUCAAGAAGUCCAAAAUCUAAUGAUGUCGAAUGUCAUUCAUUUUUACUGCAAAACAGACCAACCAAAGGACCUACUUUAUUAUGAAAAGUUCAAGUAUCUAUGAAUAGUGAGGCUAAAUUUAGGUUACUAU